AAGUAUGGCGUACGUGGGGCAUGUUUGAAGCCGUGAAUUUGAAAGUUUAUUAUUUAUCAGGGUAUAAGACCGUUUCUGCAACGAUGUGUCUUAUACCACUUACCCUUGCAAAUUAAACGCACAUCAUCCUCUACAGCAUCCAUCUCUGAGGAAAAAUGACAGUGGUCCUCCGCAGGGCUUUCUGCUUGACGGGCCGGGUUCCGCUACAGCCAGAGGCUCCAUCAUGGACUGCGUCCUGGCGGUGUGCCCACGCUCUGGCCUCCGUCCAGAAAGUCCUCCAUCUACCGGAGAAAAAGCUCCAGGGCCUGCUGUUCCCCUUUAGCGAGCUGGAGGGUCACCUGGCCCGUGGGGUGAGCCGGGCCAAUUUCCAGCUGUUUCAUCCGAGCUUGGAAGAUAUUGCCAGGGCUGAGGCGCUGUUCGUUCCAUCACCUAAGCACAAGAUUGACUACUACACCUCGGCUGUGAGGAUGGAUCACGCGCCCUCCAUAAACCAACCCGAGGUGUGUUUUUUGGGCAGGAGUAAUGUGGGGAAGUCAUCUCUCAUCCGUGCCCUAUUCUCCCUGGCUCCUGACGUUGAGGUCAGGGUCUCCAAAACUCCGGGCCACACAAAGAAGCUCAACUUCUUCACAGUCGGGAAGGCUUUCACGUUGGUGGACAUGCCUGGCUACGGGCACAAGGCACCCAAGGACUUUGUGGACAUGGUGGAGCCCUAUCUGUCGACAAGGGCAAAUCUGGUGAGGACGUUCCUAUUGGUUGACGGGUCAGUGGGAGUGCAGAAACUGGAUCGGGUUGCCAUGGAAAUGUGCGAGGAGCUUGGACUACCCUAUGUGGUUGUUGUGACAAAGAUUGACAAGCGCAGCCAGGGGGCGCUGCUGGCCAACCUACUACAGCUGCAGGAAGUCAUCCAGAAGCACACGGAGGGGUGUUACCCACAGCCGUUUCUGGUCAGCUCCACGCAGUUCCAUGGGAUUUACCUCCUUCGCUGUUUCAUCGCCCAUGUAACCGGGAAGCUUCACCUUGCGACAUCAGCCACUCAGAGCGGUGUAGAGAGGGUCAGGUGACCUGUUUUAGGACUUGCUCACACAAGGGUUACUGUAAAUAUUGUAAGAUGUGUAUCAUCUCUUUAAUAAAAGA